CUGCUGUCGGUCCAGCCAACUUGGACAACUUGCCUCUUUGAAACCGACAAGUCACACCGCUGUAACUUUGUCCCUGCGUGUGGAUUUAAAGGUUAAUCCUCGACGGAAACAAACGGCACACGUGUCGACGCUCAACCCUGCGAUGUGGACUCACCUGAUAACUGGCACUCUCUAGGUUUAAGAGAAACCUCAACUUCCAAGUAGACUUAUUUAUUUUUUUUUAUUUUUAAACAUUUUUCUGAUCAUUAACCCGGGAUUUUAUUAAAAUGGAUGCGCUGUGGGUCCACCGUGUUUUCCUCCUGGCAUGUUGCUGUGGCUCAGGGCUCGGAAGUCCAAACAAAUGCGACGAAGUGCGCAAAGUUUUCCAACUCAAACAAAUCGGACCAAGUCAAUUAUUGCCUUUAAGUCCCACACCAGGUUCAGAUCUUCAGGUGUGUGCGUCCAAGAACUCCACGUGUUGCACCAAAAAGAUGGAGGAGAAGUACCAGGUGGCGGCCCGGCGAGACAUCCAGAACCGUAUCCAGACGUCCAGCUUCAGCCUGAAGUUUCUCAUAUCGCGCAACGUGGCCGCUUUUCAAGAUGCCUUUGAGGCCCUGUUGUGGCAGGCGGAGAAUUACACCAAUACCCUCUUCCAGGACUUGUACCACAGCAUGGCUGAUCAGGCUACGGGCCCAGUACGGGAACUCUUCACUGACAUUAGCCUCUUCCUGCUGGGAUCUGAGUUGAGUGUAGAUGGGUUAGUGCAGCGAUUCUUUGAUGCUCUCUUCCCAUUGGUCUACAGUCACUUCAUCAGCCCGAGCCACAGUGACACAUCGUCGGGUUACACCGAGUGUGUGAGGUCAAUAAGCCGUGAAGUCAGACCAUUCGGUGGGGUGCCCGGCCACCUGGCUGAUCAGAUUGGGCGCUCUGGGGUCUCUGGGAAGCUUCUUCUUCAGGCGCUGCACCUGGGAAUUGAAAUCAUCAAUACCACGGACCACUUGCAACUAAGCCGUGAGUGCAGACGGGCCCUACUUAAGAUGCACUACUGCCCUCAUUGCCAGGGCUUAACCCAAUCCAGCCCCUGCAUGGGCUACUGCCUCAACGUGAUGCGGGGGUGUUUGGCAAGCCUGGCAGAGAUUGACAUCCACUGGAGGGAAUUUGUACGCUCGCUGGAGGGCCUGUCAGCAAGGAUGCAUGGACCUCAGGAUUUGGAGCAAGUGCUUCUGGGAAUUCACAGGCUUGUUCAUGAUGCUGUCAGGCAUGCUCAGAAAAAUGGACCCCGACUCUCAGCACAGGUUUACAAACUGUGUGGCCCACCAAGCAGGAAGCCAGCUCAGUCGGUCAGAAUCCAGCACAGCAGCAGCAGCAGCAGCAGUGAAUCCAUCCCUCUUAAAGCUUCUGUCAGAGUGUCAGGAGCCUCACUCAGUAACAGGAGAAAGGACUUUCUGAACAGUCUGCGUCUCUACCUCACAUACUACGGUGGCCUGGCUGAUCAGCUGUGUAUGACCGACCGUGCAUCCAGCGACGCGGUGUCCUGCUGGAAUGGGACAGAAAUUGUAAAAAGCUACACUCUCCGUGUGGUCGGAAAUGGAAUCAGAGCUCAGGUGGCCAACCCCGAAGUCAAAGUGAAAGGACCUGACCCUGUCAUCAAUCAGAUCAUUGACAAACUCAAGCACAUCAAUCAGCUGUUGCAGGGAAAGUCCAUCCCUAAAUUGGGCUCACUGGAUCAGAUUGAAACAGGAAGUGGCGAUGCAGAGGGUCAUUACAGCGGGGACUGUGACGAUGAGGAUGGUUGUGCUGGUUCAGGUGCUGGUGAUGUGAAGAGGAAAGUCACCAGAGUCUUGAGUCCGGAUGUGACCGGUAAUCACAAACGUCAUCAUCAUCAUCAUCAUCAUCACCGUCCACCCGCCAAGGAUUCAGAAAUGGAGGGCAGAUCCAGGAGCUUCAGACUGACAGGCGCCAUCUGGGUCCUGGUGUUGCCUUGUUUACAUAUGCUCCUGGCCUUGUAACAGCUGCUGCUUUGCAGCUUGAAACGUUCAGACUUGAUUUCAAGAUUAUUUAUCCAGGAAAAGGGCCAGAGGACCUAAAAAGCUCUGAUAAAUCACGGACCUUCAGUUCCACACAGAGGAGGACACGGCAGGAGUGAUUGUGUGGAAACUACAAGACUCAGUGUCUCCUAUUAAGCAUACGGUGGCUUUGAAAAGUAUGGAUUAUUUUUUAUCAGUCACCUGGCAUUUAUUAACACAAACCAUGGCUUAUUUAUAAAAGAUUAUGUCAAAAACAGCUACAGCAUAUGUUGUAAGCUAUUUCUUGUUUCUUUCUGUAUAUUCAGUAUAAGGUGUGUAGUAAACAUUUUAUUACAAACUACCAAACCACACAAUAAAGACAGGAUUUCAUUUACAGUAAAAGCGGUCGUCACAGGUCUUGCAGUUGUGAUUUUAUACAAUUCUAAGACUCCUUUCUGUGUAUUAAUCCAAGUGUGUUUUUUUGAAUGCUGCAAAACAGUUCAAAUCAUUGUAGAAACCUUCAGUAACUUGUGUAUGAACUAUAUAUCAUACAUUUUACUAAUGACAAAAAAGAAUUUCAGAUGUCUGCUUCUCUUCGAUAAUCGCUGCUUUGCUGUCCAGGAUCCAUUUAAUUGGUAUACUUCAAUUCUAAAACUGACCUGUGAUGCCAUGCGGAGAAACGUGAUGAAAGAAGAGCUGUGAGCAGGUGGACGUGGGGGGCAAGUGAGAGAAUUUAUACCCCUUUCUUCUUUAGAAAUAGAUUAGUUUCCCCAGGAGUCUAUUAUCAUCUUUCAAACUCAAUCCUCCUCUGCCUUCAUAGGCCUGGAUAGGGGCUGAUAGCUCCUGGAGCCACUGGUGAGGAAGAAUCCAAUUGCUUCGACCCUAUACCUUCCUGCAUACCGCCGCUGUGCUGCUGACAGGUUUCCGUACAGAGAAAAGUAAAAUGAUUUGUUUCACAUGCGCCGUGCGUGUCCCUCAGUGGCCGAGAGAGAAAAGUGGUACUGAAGAAUGGCACUUUGCCUCACAUAUGCUAAGGAGCAAACUCCAGUGGCCAAAAUGAUCAUUUUCAAAUCUAAAUGUCACUACUAUAUUUAGCAUAUGCACAUAAAUACACACAUUUCAGAAGUGAAAGUAAACCGUAAAGCUGCUACUGUAAAUAUAGAUCGCAGUGUAACUGAAACAUUCCAUUUUUUUCUAUUUUAGUUCAAGUGUACAGAAAGAUUUAUAGCGCAAUAUACUUUAAUAGCAGUAAAAACCAGUAAUGAUUAUUGUUAAGAUGAAGUGAAAUUAAUUUAUGAAGUCAUAUUAUAAUUAAUAUGUACUGAGAAAUGUAUAUGAAACCCAUGACUGUUCACUGCUCAUCUUAAUGUGGAACUGAACGGCACAAAGUGCAAAUUGGAUUUCAUCUUUAGCUUCACCUUAAAUCCCCCCCGAAAUAUAAUUUCCUUGGGUGCUCCGUUUGAUCAUAUAUGGUCAUAUUUUAAAAGCCUGCGACCUUCCUCAAACUGCGGCUGUGGGGAAGCGUGAACGCUAAUUGCUUUCAUUGGCCAUUUUCACCUUUUUAUACGUCAGGUUGGACUCUAAUGCAUUCAAGGUUGUUUAACUAGCUGGAAGCUUUGAGUCUCAAGGUUAAUAAAUGUGUAUACAUUUUACUCAUCAUUUCUUGCAUUGAUUUAGCGUCUUAUCUCGUGGCUUCUGAUCUCGGACGAGAUUCCCAGAUGACAAUCGUCACUUCGAAACAGCCUUAAGGCAGUCAUUUGACUUCAUAAUAAGUCACAGCUGCUGCCUCAAACCAAUUAUAUCACAGGUUUCCGCCCCCAAAGUUAGCGCUGUUGUCGUUUGAACAACUGUCUUAAUGACACCCCUAAAGAAUGGUGUUCAGCCCCGUAAUGACAGGCAGCAGACACAGAGACAAAGGUGCCUUCAGGCUAAAUAGAGAUACCAGGUUAUACUGGUUCUCCUUACUUAGAGAAAGUAGGUUUGAUUUGAUGUCUUAUAUAGUUUUUAUUGCUACAUAGUGAGACUGUUAUCCAGAGGAGGGAGGAAAGGGGCCAGAAACUGAUAAUGAUGCCAGGGAGGUGCCAUUCUGCUGUCACUGCAACGUGCCAGAACCUCUCGAAUAACACGUUUACUUUCUAAUAUCGUGUUCGGAGAGAAAAUGUGUAAUUUACAAAAAGAAAUGUCUGUACUAAAUGUGGUUCUUUUAUUCACAACUGUUUUUAUUUUUAAACUAAUCUUUAUUGAAUCUUGGGCUUAGUUUUCAUGUGGGUUGUCAGUUCAGUCUCCUAUAAUAUGGUACUGAAGUGCUUAGAUCUUGGAAUGCAAUGACAUUUCUAAAAAAAAAAAAAAUAGGUCAGAUGUUA